AUGCUUGAGAAAAGACCAUGGUCAAAGUUGGUAGUUUUUCUACUGGGAUUUGUGAUAUUGUUGUUAUUAUGGCACGAAUUAUCAACCCCUCGUUAUAUAGUAGUUCCAGCGUCCACUACAAUAUCUACACCAUACACAGUAUUGACGGAGGAUGACACCGGUUUUCCUGAAAAAGUUCUCCAUGUACCAGAGAACGAUUACAACCAACUGAUUGAUCUCAACUUUAAUUUUUCUAUGAUUAACUUCAUUUGCAACGAAACCAUUCCUCUGUUACUUCUAGUAUUAGUGCAUUCAGCGCCAGUAAACUUUGAUAAAAGACAGACUAUACGAGAAACGUGGGGAGAAAAGGAAGAAAACGUGAAAGUAUUAUUUAUGGUUGGCAGUGUUCAUUCCGAGCACUUACAGAAGAUGAUCGAAGCGGAAAACGUGUUGCACAAUGACGUUAUUCAAGGCAGUUUCGCAGAUACAUACAGAAAUCUUACUUAUAAGCAUGUGAUGACUUUGAAAUAUUUCGUUUACCAUUGCCCUCAAGCCAAAUAUAUCUUGAAGACUGAUGAUGAUGUAUUUGUCAACAUGCCAACUAUGAAAAAUUUUCUGAUCUACGAUUUAUCCCCUCAUGGUGCUAGGAAAGGUUUAUUUUGUACACCUAGAUAUAAUAGUUUAGUCUUAAGGUCCUAUAGAUCAAAAUGGAGGGUGUCUUUUUCGGAAUAUCCGGAACGGGUUUACCCGGCGUAUUGCCCAGGGUGGGCGCUGCUCUACACGCCAGAUGUGAUAUUUGCUAUUUACAAGGAGGCUCAGAAGUCGCAUUUCUUUUGGAUAGACGACAUCCACAUUACCGGUACUCUUUUUAAGAAACUUAAUUUUACUCAUACCGAUAUUGAACCGUUGGUUUUAUCUGAAUCUAACUUAUACAAUAUCGUUUAUAGAUCUUAUAACGUAUCUCAGCCGUUCCUUUUUGGGUCGGCUAAUAUGCUAGAAACAGAAAUAAGGAAGCUAUGGAAUUUUGUUAAAAAGCGCGAAGCGCAUAAGUUUAUAUUUAGUGAUAUUACUACAGUUUAA